AUGAUGGUCCAAAGCUGCUUGAUGUGGCUUGUCCACGUUCUUCCGGCUGUUGCACUCACUAUCACCGCGCCUGGUCAAACUAUUCCCUCUUUAGCUCCGCUCUUGGGUUGUGGUUCUGAAAACUUGAUUGAGGAUGUGGCUUUCGAGACUAUCGAUCUCGAUGACAGUGUGUGGACUGUCCUCCCGCCCGCGGCCGGUGCUGCUGUCGAUGGAUACUUGCAUCUGAGUGCCGAAGCUAUCCAAUCGCAGGCCCUGUUGAUCCAGACCGUUACUGGCGCCGUUGCGGAAGAGACUUACUCUGUCUCUUUUGAUUUCCGCCUGACAGCUGGCUCUUGUACCGUGGAUCUAGUACUGAAUGAUGCAAAUGUCGGCGUUAGCACUCUUACAGCCGGUUCCUGGCAGACUAUCACCAAGCAAUGGACGGCUGUUAGCUCAGAAGCCGACAUGCUCAUCCUAAUUAAUUGCCCUGGUGCCACGAUAUCGGGCGCAACAGUGGAUGUGAACAACGUCUCGUUCGAGAAGAGAUGUGGUUCAUUCACCUCGACCAGCGUCUCGGUCCCUACCAAGACCCCAUCGGGCUCGCCUGUGGCCACCAGCACUCCGCUCGCCUCUUCUGUCUCCCCAUCUGGCCAUUCUAGCUCCGAGGGAUCGGGAUCUUCAUGGCUCUCCUCAGUAUCACCAAGUAGCACUGUAGGCCCUAUCACCUUGACAACACCUAUCACUGCUUCUAGUGGUGCCAUCAAGCCCUCAGCCUCAACCCCUGGAGCACCGGCAUUUUCCCAGUCCACCGCACCGACAACAGCUGCCUCCGUGAAGCCAACUAGCUCUUCCCCAGCUGGAACUCCUGCGCCACAUACAACAACCACUAUCACUGGACCUGUAAACCCCGCUUCCAGCAGUGUCAUCGAGUCCUCGGCCUCGACACCGGGAACACCAGAAUCUUCAGAGUCCACCGCGCCGACAACCGCUACAUCCGUGAAGCCAACUAGCUCUUCCCCAGCUGGAACUCCUGCGCCACAUACAACAACCACUAUCACUAGACCUGUAAACCCCGCUUCCAGCAGUGUCAUCGAGUCCUCAGCCUCGACACCGGGAACACCAGAAUCUUCAGAGUCCACCGCGCCGACAACCGCUACAUCCGUGAAGCCCACUGGCUCUUCCCCAGCUGAAACUUCUACGCUGGAUACGACAACCACUAUCACCGGACCUGUAAACCCCGCUUCCAGCAGUGCCAUCGAGUCCUCAUCCUCGACCCCGGGAGCACCAGAAUUCUCAGAGUCCACCGCGCCGACAACCGUUGCAUCCGUGAAGCCUACUAGCUCUUCCCCAGCUGAAACUCCUACGCCGGAUAUGACAACCUCUACUGUCUUCACCACCCGCACUGCGACUAUCACAGCCUGUCCCUCGACUAUCACCAACUGCCCAGCCACUGACAAAACAACUCACAUUACAACCGAGACUAUCAUCGUCUCGACCACCGUCUGCCCUGUUGGAGAUGCAACGACCACCACCGAUGGAUCCAGCCCUACCGGCCCAUCUGGCAGUGGCAAUGACUACACAAUCUCAACAAUCCUCUCAACCAGAACUGUCACCUUAACCCAAUGCCCGGAAACAGUGACUGACUGCCCAGCCCGGGACCAGACAACACACGUCACGACAGAGACCAUCGUUGCCGGUACCACCUCGGUCCCGAUCAACACCGCUGUGACCACCACGGCACCUGGUGCAGUGCAUACAUCGACUGUUCCUGUACAGACGGCGACUGCUGUCCUUAGCAGUGACACAAAGACUUCAACCGCAUACUCUGUUGGCACCAUCACAGGCACCGCUACUGCCGAGGGAUCCAGCCCUACCAGCCUAUCUGGUAGUGACAAUGACUACACAAUCUCAACAAUCCUCUCAACCAGAACUGUCACCCUAACCCAAUGCCCGGAAACAGUGACUGACUGCCCAGCCCGCGACCAGACAACACACGUCACUACUGAGACUAUCGUUGCCGGUACCACUUUGGUCCCAAUCAACACCGCUGUGACCACCACGGCAUCUGGCGCAGUGCACACAUCGACUGUUCCUGUGCAGACGGCGACUGCUGUUGUUAGUAGUGAGACAAGUAUUUCGACUGAUUACUCUAUUGCCAUCGUCACAGGCACUGCUACCACUGAGGGAGAUGUGAUCAGUGAGACUGGUGUUUCUCACGUUGGUGAAAGUGGACCUGGUUCCGGAGUAUCGGCGAACCAAGGUGAGGGUGAAGAUGAAGAUUCGACCGGCUCUAGCUCUGGCUCUGGCUCUGGCUCUGGCUCUGGCUCUGGCUCUGGCUCUGGCUCUGGCUCUGGCUCUGGCUCUGGCUCUGGCUCUGGCUCUGGCUCUGGCUCUGGCUCUGGCUCUGGCUCUGGCUCUGGCUCUGGCUCUGGCUCUGGCUCUGGCUCUGGCUCUGGCUCUGGCUCUGGCUCUGGCUCUGGCUCUGGCUCUGGCUCUGGCUCUGGCUCUGGCUCUGGUAUCUCCGCUGGUAGCAAUACCGGCCACCCCUCUAAUCUGCCCGGCAUCACACGCAUCAGCUCAGCCACACCUUCAAUCUCCGCCGGAAUCCACUCAGUCACAGCCAAGGUUUUCCCCGCCGCAGCCUCUUCUCCUACUGCUGCCACAGGCGCAGGUGCAAGCACAGGUUCGGGUUCUACUACUGAAAGCAGCAGCUCAGCAAGUGCAUCACCUGUGUUCAACCGUGCUUCGUCCUCGACUGUUUCCGGCGCCUUGUCUGCUCUUGGUGUUAUCGCUGCUGUCGCACUUUUCCUUUGA